GGACAAAGACAUGCAUCUGCUUCGCGACAACAUUUGGACGAAUAUCUAUAUGUAUGUAAUAUAUAUAUUCCCAACUUGAACUAAUUAAUUUGAGAAAGCAUGCAUGCAUUGUCGACAAGGGCACGUUAGGUGAAAACCAGUAUAAUCAUUUCAAAUGAUGUUCCUAAUCAGGAUCUAUUAGUUCGAUGUUGGAUUCUGCCAAUGCCAAUUAAUUACGUACCAAUUGAAGCGAUCGAGAUGCGGGAAUCAUGCAUAUACCUAGCUACAUUUUGGAACACACAUGCACCUAAGUUUGUCUAUAGCUCCAGGUGUAACAUGCAGCGAUUCCAUGCCAACUGCCCCAAAGCCCAAAACUAAUUACGUUGAUAUUAUUUGAAUUGGAUUAUUUGUCCUCGAUUGAAAAUUAUGGGUCUCGGGACGGGAGAUCGAGCAAAGUUCCCUUGUUUGUUAUGAAGAAAUCUGUUAAAGGAGGGGAGGUCAGACAAGAUCUGUCGCUGCGGUGGCUAAGGGAAGAGGGGAGGCAUCCGGUCCCCAACCAUUCAUUAUUGCUACUACCAUAGGGCCAUUAAUUAAGCUUAAUUAGUUUUUUUGUUGCUACUUGUCGCAAUAGUGUUAUGCCGCCACCUUUUCUUUUCAAGGCAAGCUCAAAGGACAUGGGAUAAAAACUUGGACACGAUCACAAAACCAGAUUAUCGAUGGAAGGGUCUGUUAAGCUACUAAUUGGGCAGCUCUGAAGAAGCUCCGAGGAGCAAAGACACGAGACUGACAGAAAAAUAAAAAAACAAGAACCCAACAUCUCCAAGAUAGUCCCGCCAACGAGUGUAGUUUCCUUUGACGGAGUAUGCCGGAUGACCAGUAUCGAGUUGCCACAAAAACCACAACAAAGACAAGAAAAAGAUAUUAGCAAUCUUCGUCAGAGCAUGUUUAAUUACUCUCAUAAAUUUGUAAAUACGAAUAAAAUCGAACUAUCACAUGAUAGAUUGAUGAAACUUAGUUCACUUUCUUCAAUUACUUACAUAUCAUGUGAGUACCUGCAAAAUAACCAACAAAAAAUGCACUACUAUGGUGCUAAAAAUCUCUAUUACAAGAGAUUAAAUCUUGCCCUUGAGGUAAAGUCGACCUUAUCGAAAAUACACCACCAACUGCAUUAUUUGAUAAGGACGCUACUUUAGUUUAAAUUAACAAUUGUAAUUAGUGAAGUUAGUGCAGUUCGUGGAGGUUAAGUUGUUCCUUAGUUAGUUAGUUGUAGGCUACGUAGGUUAGCUGGGUGUUUAGAAUGGGUAUUUAAAUCCCUAAUUGUACUCAAUACAAAUCACAACUCCAGAUCUUUACAUUAUUCACCUCUUGUAGGUGUAGUAUAUUCACAAUCAAAACAAUCCGGUUAGAAUUGUAUCGUAAUUGAAAAGUCCAAAAUAUUAAUAAUUAUUAGCUAUAAGAAUUUAAAACCAAAAGGUGAAUAAUACCGUUGGUGGCACGUCAUAAACGGUAUCUAACAAGUAUGAACAACAAUUGGUUUUAGUUCUAACAAUUUUGGCUAAAAAUCGUUACUCUAAUUCUGCACAUGAAUUUUUUAACGCUCAAUUAAAAUGAAUUCAAGUAUUCUAGUAAUUUUUUAUAAAAUCCUACCGGUUAUAACUUAAUAAAUACAAAACUUUGUAUUUAUUUGGUACUAAUAAUUAUACACGUUUGUUUUACUAUUUUUAGCCCGCGAUCUAUAUCAUUUUCUUUUACCGGUUGGAUUAAGUUAGGUCAUCUAGAGAAGGUAUUAUAUAUACCUUCUCAAUAUAUGUAAUCUAUAUAUGCUCAAGUAUAGUAAAACUGAUCUCUUCUAUCCGUGAACGUAAUUAAAACACAUCGUAUUAGUGAACCACAUAAAUUCGUAUGUUCUUUAUACUUUCUUGCAUCUAACAGGACAAAUGGGACCAAAAGCUAUCCUCAUCUCUAUCCUUUUCUUGUGCGUGAUUAUGAUAAUCUGUCAUUAGUUUGUCUGCGCUCAGGUCCCGGCCUAAUAAUUCUACGACAAGCUUUGACUACAAAUAGUAACAGGCUCCUGUGCAUUGAUCCCCAACUUAAACCACAUCCAGAUUAAACGCUUUGCAUGCAUGCUACGGACAAAGUAGUUAGCUAUAGCAAUUUCAGCAUAUUCGUAUCCGGCCAAAUCGAUCGAAAAAUGUCAAGUACUGUUGUGGAAACCCAAAAGGCAAGUGAUCCAGUGGUUCGUGACUCGGCAAGCUUUCCUCCCACACUCUGGGAAGAUGGCUUCCUCGACGGAGUAGAUCAGAGCCCACCUGCCCUUGAAAGUGAACACGAAGCUCUCAAGGAACAGGUGAGGAACAUGGUUACUGCAGCCGAUGAUGAUGGUGGUGACAAUAGGCUGCGGCUGAUAGAUGCGAUUCAACGAUUAGGAGUUGGAUAUCAUUUCGAAUCGGAGAUGGAAGAGGCACUUGCAAAAGUGCAUGGUCUCAGCGAUGAACUAUUCAUCGUUCAUGAUACUGCUCCUCAUGAUCUCUACCAUGCUGCUCUCCGGUUUCGACUCCUCAGACAACAAGGCUUUUCUGUUUCUCCUGAUGGUUUUAGAAACUUGAAGGAUAGUGAGGGAAAGUUCAAGCAAUGGUUGGCUUCGGACGAGCAAGGGUUGCUAAGCUUGUACGAGGCGGCACACGUUGCAGUCCAUGGAGAAGACAUACUAGAUGAAGCCCUAAGCUUUGCUACCAGUACCCUCUUGUCCAUUCUUCCACAACUCAGCCCUUCGUUUCAAAAACAAGUAAAAUUUUCGCUCGGUCUUCCCGCUUGGAAAUGUGUUCCUCGGUCACUUGCCAGAAACUACAUCGAUUUCUAUUCCGAGGACCCUUCCCACAAUCACACACUCCUCCAUUUUGCAAAACUGGAUUUCAACCUGCUUCAGAAAUUACAUCAGCAAGAGCUCCACAUAAUAUCGGGGUGGUGGAAAAGUCUUCAAGUUAAGACCAACUUCAAACAUGCAAGAGACAGACUUGUGGAAUGCUAUUAUUGGAUCUAUGCGGUUUACUUUGAGCCAAAAUAUCAGUUGGCAAGGAUGAUGUGCACCAAGAUUAUAUUAAUGCUUUCACUCUUGGAUGACACUUGUGAUAACUUUGCUACGUAUGAUGAAGUCAAGAUGUUUAUGGAAGCUAUUGAAAGCUUACAAGUGAGUGCCCUCGAAGCACUAUCUGGCAAGACAAAAGAUUUGUAUCAUAUCAUCAUUGAACUAUACGAUGAAAUUGAGUUGGAACUUGCGAAAAUAGGACCCACUUUUGCCGUUGACUAUGCUAAGGAAGAGCUUAAGAAAAUAUGUCGAGCCCAUUUGGCUGAGGUUCAGUGGCGUACAAAAAACCAUGUUCCAACAAUGGAGGAGUACAAGAUCGAUGCAUACGUCACGAGUGGGUUUCCCAUUCUUUGUACAUCUGCUUUCGUUGGGAUGGGAGUGGGAAUUGCCACUAAGGAGGCUUUUGAAUGGGUAACUAAUGAACCAAAAAUGGUUAGAGCUGCAUCUGUCAUUUCUAGGAUCCAAAACGAUAUUGUUUCUUACAAGUUCGAGCGAAAGAGAAAGCAUGCAGCUUCGGCGAUAGAAUGCUAUGCGAAGGAGCAUGAUGUGUCGGAGGAUAAUGCAGUUGAAUUUCUACGGGAAGAAAUUUCUAGAGCUUGGAAAGAUAUUGCUGAAGAGUGUCAAAAACCAACUCCACUACCGGUAGCUCUCAUAGAACGCGUUCUCAACUUCGCACGAUCGAUUAGUGUGAUAUAUGAGAAAGGUGAUGGCUACACUAAUUCCGACCUUUUGGAACCACACAUGGCCUCGUUGUUCGUUGAUCCUAUCCCUCUUUGAUGAAUGCCAAAAGAUGAUUCCACUUGUGUUGGAAUUGGGAGUCGGACCUCCCUCGAUUUGCAGUUGUGUUUAUUCAAUCGAGUUUGUGUUUAACUAUUUUGUUGCCAAUAUCGUUAAUUUGUAUUUCGUUAUGACUGAACUUUGAGUUUAGCCUAGUGGUUGUGGGCGUUAAUUGUAAUGUCAGUGAGAUUAAUUUGACUAAAUGAUAUGACGAUUGGGAAGGUUUGAUUAAGUAGAGACACUCAUAAACUAUUGAAAAGGUUAAUAAUGCAUCUCAUAUAUAUGCUAACCUUUACCAAAUAAUAUUAGUAUAGGUAUUGAGAUACCUGCCUUUAAUUAACCUACCAAUUGCCAUUCAUGAAUGGAUCAGUCAAUUUGUGGCGAUGGAAUUAAUGUUUCAUAAUCUUAACUUCUUCUACAUUUCCCGGUUUAGGAUACUGGGACUGGCUGCUUGGGAUCGGGUGAGAUUCGAGUGAAACUUACACCACUCUCUCAAAUUAAGUUGUAUACUAAAAUUACUAAGCCCUGCCCUGCUUGUUCACGUGUCUUAUUAAGCAUCGAUACAAUCUCGUUCGUGACACCUUAUUGGACAUCUGUUAUAGGUCUAGGAUUUCUGCCGGCCGGGAGGUUGAUAUCGGUUUGGUUGAUGGGCAUGGCAGACCCCUUCGUCCUACGGAUUUGCUGCUUUAUUCCUGGGACAGGGGGCGAGAUGUGUGUGUCGAUUUGACUAGGUCUUCACCUCUGACUCAGACUGGGAUGACUGAUUUCGUGCCUGUUCGAGUUGUUGUUGACAUUGCCCAGCGAAAGUAUGCCAAGUAUCGGGACUUGUGCAUGGCGGCUGGUUACGGGUUUCUACCCUUUUCUUUUUCUUCGUUGGGAGAGUUGGAUACGAAUGUCGUGUGGCUUUGCUCAAGCGGAUCCAAAAAUUCACCAUGUCUCAGGAUGCGGGGCUCGGGCGGCCGCAUAGAUUUUUACUAGACUUAGCUUUGCUAUAUCUAAAAGAGUGGGGGCCCAGAUUGUAUCUCCGCUGCCCACUAAUUUUUUGUUAGCUUUUGUUGUUUACACUUUUACAAUAGUUAUACCCUUGAUAAACAAUAAUAAACUAAGCUUACCCUA